AUCGUGCGGAUCGGAUGGAUAGCUGUUGUUGCGUCGGGUCUUUUAAAGACAUUGUGACUUGUAAACGGUGACUUGUAAACGGUGAUAAAGUGACCCGGUGACUCGGUGUAUCUGUAUCGGCAAGCAAAGAUUUGUGGCAACAGAGACUGUUGCACCCGGAAUGGCAUAAUAUUGAUAAAGAUUCAUGCGAAAAAGAUGCAACGGCUGCUCUCCAGACAAAGUCCAGACCUAGAUCCUGCGACCAGACCAGUGUCCUCGAGAACGGCCACAGCCACUUGAUGGGCAACUGAAGAGCUCCGCUCCGAUCUGAUUUGAGGGCAUGAGAGGCACUAGCAAUAACGGGAAUAGCAACAAACGUAAUUUGAAUUUGUGCAGUCACCGAAGGAUUUGGGCGAGAGGAGCCAAUUGUGUACAUAUUUCGCCUCUGUCUGUUCCUGUUUCGUGUAAAUAAAUGCAAUGCAGGACCAGAAGCAGAAACAGCAACAUCACAAGGAGCAGGACUAACAGAAAAAUGGCAAAAAGUGCAGUUAAGCGUGGAAAUUGCAUUAAAAAUUGAGGAAAAAAUUGAGAAAACAAAAAGCUGUAAAAAGACACAAAAAAAAAAAGAAACCGGAAACCGUCGAAACAAACAAAGACACAAAACGAAAACGCUGAAGUUAACGAGCGCUAAAAAGCAACAAAAACAACAGAAAAAGCCGGGCUUACAGACACGGAGCGACAGGGAGGGAAAGAAAACGCGAGUGAGAUAGAGCAAGUGGCGCGGUAUAGGGGGGAAAAAAUAGUAAAGUUUUGAUUGAAAAUUUCCACUGUGCUUUCAUUUGACGGAACGCCGCAUCCUUUCUUGAUUGUGUAAAUUUUUGAUUAAGAAACAAAAAACCAUCAGAAAUCCGCGUGGCGUGAAACAAAAAAUAAUAUCUGCAAAAAAGACUCGGAUUCGGAUUCGGUUCGAUUGGAUUCAAUUCGAAUUUUGAACAUCCGAAACUAAGACAAAAAUAUCAAAUAUCAAGUACUGAGGGACUUUGUAUACGAGAAAUACAACUUUGCAGUUUGUAUUUGAGUUUUGUCAUGACAGUUCGGGCCUACGUUAUGCUAUAUUUUUUAUUGUUUAUGCAAAAAAAGAACGCCGGAAUCGAGUUUGGAGUCGGCUGCAGUUGCGGUUGCCGUAGUCAUAAACAUAACUGACUGAUACACAAAAUUGAGCGGUAAACACUGAAAGUGAGUCGUGCAGUAAAAGUCAAAGUCUGCCCCACCCAACGUCCAAAAUAACAAAAAAAAAAAAUCAAAUAAAUAAAGAAAAGCAGCUAACGCCACCCCGAGCCACUCGGGUCGUUGACAAAGUAACGCAUUUAGUGAUAAGCGCCAAACGACUUUGGCAAAAUGAGCAGCCAAAACAGGAGCCCCAGCAGCAGUAGAAGGAGCAGUAGCAGCAGGAGCAGGAGCACAAGGAUGGGAAUUGGCAGCACGAAGAUAACAGGCCAACUAUUGCUCCUUAUCGGCAUCGCAGUCGCAUCAUGUUUGCCGGGAAUUGUCGAGGGCUUCCAGCGAUUCUCGGAACAGCCCAAAUACACGGAGGUGAACCCGGCGGAGGACACCCUGCUCACAUGCAAAGUUAUCGACAAGCGUGGCACGUGCUCCUGGCAAAAGGAUAACAAGCCCGUUGGCAUCUACACGAAGAAAUACGAAUGGGCCUCACGUCUGCCGACGAACGACAAUGGGAAUGUCCUGCAUCUGGACCUCCAUCCGCCGCCGCCAGUACAAGUUGGCGGCGACUGCUCCUUGUGGAUCCGCUCCGCCACCCUGGACUUUGACGACGGUCUGUGGGAGUGCCAGGUGACGGCCAGUGACUUCACCACCCAGGACGCCCUCACCAGCCAGCCGGUGCGUCUGGUUGUACGUGUGGCGCCACAGCGACCUAGGCUCGAGUACGAGGCGGUCCACGUGCCCCCGGGACACAAUAUCACCGCAGAUGCCGGCGCCACGGCGACGGUUAAAUGCGUCUCCCACUACGGCAAUCCUCCGGCCACCCUGAAAUGGUAUUUGGGCGACCAGGAGAUUUCACCCAUCCACCCACAGACGAACGCCACGGAGCCGGAUAAUCCCCGCACCUGGUCGGCCACCUCGGUGGUGCAGAUUUCGGCGAUGCGGGAGCGCCACGGAGACAUUCUGCGGUGCGCCGCCUUCCACGAGUCCUACUCGGCCAAGUCGGUGGCCGUGGAGGCGAGGCUGGAUGUGAAAUACGCGCCGAGCAUUCGUCUAAUUGGCUCGCCGGAAAUCGACUUGGAGGAGGACAAGGAUGCGCUCAUCCUGCGCUGUGUGGCCGAUGCCAAUCCACCGGCCAGCAUCGUCUGGCGACGGGCGGGUCGCUCCGAGAUAGCCAGCCUGCAGGAAACCCUGCAAUUGCGUCCCGUCGGACGUCGGGACGCUGGACUGUACACCUGCCAGGCGCAGAACUCGGUGGGCACCUCCGAGCAACUGUCGGUGCAGUUGGAUGUUAAGUAUCCGCCCAAAAUUGUUUCAGCUGGCCCGGACCGCCUCACCACCGCUCCUCUCUUCAGUCCUGCCGCCUUCGAGUGCCUGGCCGAUGGUAAUCCCAUGCCAUCCUUCAAAUGGGUGCAGAGAAUCGCCCAUGGCUCGAAAUAUGUGGAACGUGGCUCAGAGUCCCGAUUGGUCAUGGACAACGUCACCUACGAGUACCAGGGGGACUACGAAUGCCGGGCCACCAGCUACAUCAACGGCCAGGAGCGGGUGGCCAUAUCCGAUCCGGUGUCGCUGCAAGUUGUGGGUGCCCCUCAGGUGCUCCGCCUGCACCCCUCCCCGCAGACCGUCACCGUGAAGAGGGGAGAGGCGGCCGUCCUCAACAUGGUCGUCUGUGCGGAUCCACGGCCCCUGCGCGUCGCCUGGGAGUGGGGCUCUUUGCGUCUGGAGGCCGGCUCGGGCAUCGAUCGCUUCCGGGCCGACGACAUGCAGCCGGACAGCCGCGAGGACUGCUACCAGUCCACCCUGAAUAUCCUCCACACGAACGAGCACGACUCGAGGCUCUACUAUCUAGAGGUGGAGAACGAGCGGGGCACCGAUCGCCACGCCAUUCACCUGAUUGUGGAGGGUACGUUUGCAGAACCUUACGAGAUGAGCUAUUUAAUGGGCGUGGCCGGGGGCUGCAUGGCGGCCAUUCUCCUGUUGGUAUGCCUCUGCAUUUAUGCCAUAAAGAGCAAGAGAUGCUGCUUCAAGGGUUCCACGGGCUAUAAAUCAUCGGAUAAAGACAGCGAGAAAGCUGAUUUGAAAUCCCGCUCGGAUAGCACGAGUGGCCCUCAAGGAGAUUCGAUUUACACCACGCCCGCCGGCUUCCAUCAUCACCAGCAGCAGCAGCAACAGCAACAACAGGCGCAGCAGCAACAACAGGCGGCUGCUGCGGCGGCGGCAGCCCUUCAUGCCGCGUCCCAGCAUCCGCAGCAGCAGUAUCCGGGCCACGGAUCGCCGGAGGCAAUGAAGUCGAGUUCCCAGGCCAGAAGCGUUGGCCACGACGAACUGGGCAACCUCCUCUGGCAGCAGGAUUCCUGCGAGUUCCUUGAGCAGUUUCCAGAUUCCCGCUGUCCCGUGCCGCCUCUUAGGCACUGCCACGCUCCCGGACAUGGGCAUGGCCAUGCGCCCAACACGCUGGCCAGACGGAAUGCGGAUCUUUUUAGCGGUGAUUUGGGCAUACCGGAGAUCAACACCCAUGUGGGGAGCGUGGUGCACACGUUCGAGACCCUGGCCCUGCAACGCCGCCUGGCCGAGGCGGAGGAGCAGGAGAGGCUGGACCGCGACCGGGAGCUGAGUAAGUAUGAAGCCAGCAGCACCCAGAGCAAGUACAGCCAGCUGAAGCGCCGCUCCCAGGAGAUGCGCCAGCGGUUGGUGCAGCAGAUGCACCGCCAGCGAUUGCAGCAACAUCAGCACCAGCAAAUGCAAUUGCAGCAAAAGCAGUUGCCACUAGCACGCUCACGAACACAGUCGCAGCCACAGCAGCAAUCCAUGCACGAGGGCACCCUACUGACCAAUAGCUGCAGCACCCAGACCUUGGCCUCCCACUUCUGGCAGCCAGCUCAGCGCCGCUCCACGGAACAUCUGCCUCAGUCUACGUUCGAGGACUAUCGCAAGAAUCUGUUCGGCACCUUGGGUAGGCGCGGAAGCGUUGAGGAGCCUGAGGAGUUGCAAGACGAAUCCUUCAUAGUGAACGCCGCCUUCGACGAGAUAUUCUCGCGGUAUGAUGACGAUGGAAGUGAGGUGGGCAGGGGCCAGGAUCGCAGCCGCACCCACACCCACACCCAGACGAACAUCGACGAUCUCUUCGAGGAUGAGCACAUGCUGGUGAGCCUCAGCGAGCUGGACGACGAGGUGUUUGCCAGUCGGGCGGCCACAGCAGCGACCACGCCCACCAACAGCAAGGCAGGACGAACGCCCAAGCACAGUACUCCGGCCCUGAAUGUAAAUAAAUAUCCGGCUCCAGCACCACCGCGAUCCCGGACCCUCACGAACCUCUUCGAACGUCUGAAGUCGCAGGAUCACAAGUUGCAAAAGUACCCGGCGGAGUCGGCCCUCAACGAUGCUGGGGACUUCAACCGUGGCUCCACGGUCAGCAAGUCCUUUGUCCAGCAGCUGAGAAAGCCUUCGCAAAAGCAGAAGAGGGCACCCCGGCCGCCGCCCAAACCCCAGUCCCGAUCCCAGGUGGCCAUCGCACAUGUGACUCCGCUGCGCAAGGCUCUGAUCUUUCCCAAGCGGUCCAAGUCCUCCAGCGAGCUGCUUCUAGACGACUUGGGCGUGCAGGCGCGUAAGUAUCGCAGUCGAAAGGAUCAAGGAUCAGCGCUCUAAGAACGAGAAAGAAAAGAAUAGAAAGGCACCCAGUUUUGCACCUGUUUUCUCACAUGUUGACCCUCUCAAUCUUUUCACUCGGAUAGCAUUAAAAUGGUUUUUUCCCCUUAUUUCUGUUUACCCAGAGGCGACGCUUUUGUAGGCUAAGUGACCCAAAUAAAGAAACCCGUAACCCUGACAUAGACCCUGACCCGAUCCCGAUCCCGAAAACCA